CAUAUAGUAUGUUUUAUAUAAGAUGGAAUGAGGCUGGUAUCUCAAUUCUGGACCAUUACUUUCUGGCUAAGAGUUGGAGGCUGUAAAAUGAUGUGCUUUGAUAGAAAUAUCACAUGAGGCUUUUCUGUUAGCAAGCUUGACUCCACCCUUUCAACUUACAUGGACAUUAUUGAUCUAUUUGCUUCUUAAUGUCUAAGAUAAAAGCCAGUGUGUUAUAGUGGUUUGAGUGCUGGACUACUGAGCUUUGGAGCAGGGUUUCAAUCUCCAUGCAACCAUAGAAAUCUAAUGCUCUUGGGCAAGUCACACACCCUCAGCUUUAGGGAAAGACAACACCCUGUGCUAGGUUCCUCUUGAGGCCUCAGCACACUUGAGCAUUUAUCUCCGGUUUUGCCUCCUGCAGAAUUCUGGGGUUUGUAGUUUGGUGAGGCCCAGGAUCUGUCUGGCCCAGCUGUUUAAAGGCCCCUCCCUAAAGUGGAUUUAAAGUAGAUCCAAACUCUAAUGUGGGUCUCCAUAAACUGUAAAUGUUUUGAAGGCACACAACAAAACAUCACAUUUCUCAGAGGUCAGACAUAUAGGAUGGUUUCCAGUAAACACACUUUAUAUAUAUUGGAUACACAUUGAGUUAUAUUAUUAAAACUGUAAUUCAGUUAGAGCAGUUGAAAAGUUCACACUAAAAGGGUUAAAAUAUUUAAAAGUCAACAUAACAAUUUAAAACCUCUGACUAUGAGAGGUUGGUCAGUCCCUAAGUGAAGGCCUAUAAAAAAAAGAAAAUAUUUGCUUCCUGGUUGAAGGACAAUAGAGAGAGGACUAAACCUUUGGAAGGAGUUACACAACUUGGGAUCAGCUAUCAAGUAAACCCGCUUUCCUGUCUUCAUCAAAAGUACUCCUGAAAGUGAUGGGACAAAAAAAAAACCCAAUUCUUUUCCUUUCUGGAUCUGAAAUACCAGAUAGGCUUAGACAGACAAUAUGGUCUUAAAUCAUAUAGGGUGUGAUAGUCUCAACCAGCAAUUUGAAUCUUGUAUGGAAAAGUGUAGCCUACAGAGUUGUUUGUAACAAGGGAGGCUGGAUCUAUACUGCCAUAUAAUCCAGAUUAUCAAAGCAGAUAAUCCACAUUAUCUGCUUUGAACUGGAUUAUAUGAAUCUAUUGCCACAUAAUCCAGUUCAAAACAGAUAAUCUGGAUUUUAUACAUCAGUGUAGAUCCAGCUGGAGUUACAGGUUUUUUUUGUAACCAACACACAGUAUGAAUUAAGCUGCAAUAUAUUGAAAUAUAUUGAAAUAACCUUCAAUAUUAACUUAGAGAAAGCAUUACAGUAAUCUAGUAGGCUGUUAGGAAUUGUGGAACUUGAAGUACAAAACACCUGGAGGGCAAAAUAUUCCCAUGCCUAAUAUAGACAGACCAAUUGGAAGUUGAAAAGUGUUCUGAAAAGUAAGGAGGGCCCACUCUCCCCACCCUGCCCUUAGAUACCUCUUCCACCAAAGCAACUAUCAUUGUUUUCAAUCCAUAACCAGGCCUUAAACAAGACUAAAGUAGAUCUAGGCAAUCUACCUCCUCCAGGAACCUUUGGAGGUAUAAGACUAAUAUAUGCUCCUGAAUCAUGCUAAAAAAAAUGAAAUAUUGGGAGUAGUCCAGCAAUUUUCCAAUACAAUAGGACCCAGAGAGUUUUAAACAACUGCCUCUUUCAGGCACAACUUAAGUUUCCCUUGUUGUAAAGAGGCAUUCAUUAUUCCAUUUGCUUAGUUGCCUAAUUCCCCUCAGGGACUUAACCUCUCCAAGGAUCCUGCCUACAUCCUCUGGUUUACAUAUUGUGCUCUCUCUCCUAUUAUUACUCCCAGCUAGAUUAACCAAUUGAAUCAAUGGAGUUUGCUUACAUGUUGAGUCCAGACCCAUAAUUGAGUCAACUCUAAAUGAGUCAACUCUACAAGAUUUUGGCCUAUGUAAAACUGGUAUAUACAACCAAUAGCUAAUGUCUCUACUCCAAAUUGAUACUUUGUGCCUAGGAAGAAUGGUUAGGAUCUCAGAGUUAUUUGGGUGCUCAUGAAGUUUUAUUUCCCCUCUCUACUCAGUAAAGAUCUGUAGAAAUUUGAAAAAGGAAGACAGGGAGAAAGGCUAAUGGGGCUCCCAGGAAGACAUCAUUUCCUUCCAAUUAAAGCUCUCAUUGUAGUCCUUGUUAAGCAAAGGAGGUGUGGGCGUUGAACUGGACCUCCUCCUUGGCAGCAUACAGUAACCCUUUAGAAAGUAGGAAGUGCCUCUGUAUGUUGUCACAGCCAAGAGGAGAUACCAACACUGAACUUUUGAACGGAGGAGGAGGCAGCGCUAGAGAAACAAGAUAGCUCAAGAAAGCAAAAGAAAACAAAACAACUUUAUCCUACCAUUUCACCUUUUUUCUUAUUGGCUGAGGGCAUGCGAGGAGUUGAGUGGGUGUUGCAAAACAAAAAUAAAUAUCUCCCUACUCUUCUUACAUAUUGGUACACACACAUACAUGAAAUCUUGUUAGAAAUCCAUGUUUUAUAUGAAUGAAGCGCUGAAGCACAGUGAACACAUUCCCAGAUGGAAAGAUUAUCGUUCCUUAGUUACUUCUGUAUGACAUGGACAGAAGAUUGGGUCACGUGGAAACAUAAGGGUGAUGUUUGGAAAACUGAGAAUGCAAGAGUCCUCUAUCUCAAAGUACCAGCAUAGUAGGGAGGUGAUAAAACCAAUUCCACACUGUAGAUGCACCCUGAGAGAAAGAAGUUGGUAGUUAAACUUCUGUAGACUUAUUAAGAAAGGAGAGUAUCUGUUGAAGUAGACAUGCAGGCUAGAUCUAUACUGCCUUAUAUCCUAGGAUCUGAUCCCAGAUUAUCUGCUUUGAGCUGGGUUAUCUGAGCCUACCCUGCCAGAUAAUCUGGGAUUAGAUCCUGGAAUAUAGAUCCAGUCUACCAUUUUUUCCCCUGUCUCAAGGGCUGGAUCUACUCUGUCCUAUAUCCUAGGAUCUCAUCCCAGAUUAUGUGCUUUGAACUGGAAUAUCUGAAUCUCCGCUGACAUAUAAUCUGGGAUAAGAAAAUAAUCUGGGAUGAGAUCCUGGGAUAUAGAUCCAGUCUAUGUCUACAAAAGCUUAUCCUACCAGUUUCUUUCCCUGUCUCAAAGGCUGCAUCUACUCUGCCCUAUAUCCUAGGAUCUCAUCCCAGUUUAUCUUCUUUGAACUGGAGUAUAUGAGUCUCCACUGCCAUAUAAUAUGGGAUAAGAAAAGAAUCUGGAAUCAGAUCCUGGGAUAUAGGGCAGUAUCCAAGGGCCCAAAGAUGCUACAAGCUGCCUUUGUAUGCAUAUAUCACUGGGAAGUAAAGCCCUCUGAAAGGGAAACUCCCAAGAAAUCCAGUCAAAUGUGUGUGGGAAGUUAGGCUAGUCCAUUCUUCUGACCCCCUUGCUUUCAAAAUAUCUGUAGGACUGGGAGGUGGUAGGAAAUAAAUUCGCCCCACUGAAAACCUGGGCCAGAGAAGCACAGUAAGAGAAACCCAAUAAUAGAAAUUGGGUUUUCCCAGAGAUUUGGGGGUGGGGCAUAAAUCAAACUGGAAUUGUGGGAAAUCCUCCCUCCCCUCCCGCCUCCCUUUCGGCUGUGGGUGUUGUUGUUUAUGUUUGAUUCUUUGGAGGCAAUUCAGAACUACUUCCGCUGAUUGACCAUUAACCCGGUGAGUUAUUAGGCUUCUAAACCAAAGGUCGUGGGGGAGAAAGAGUUACAAUCCAUCACGGAAAACAAUCGGAGGGAGAUGCUGGUUUUAUUGCGAGCUGGAUUUUGGACCGACUUCGUCGUGCUCCCGUGCUGGAAAGAGGGGACUGGGAAAGGUGGGGUGGGGUCUUUGACAGCAGCAGAGUUACCUGGAUGUGAAUGUCAUGAAAGCACAGGCCCUGGUUCCUCACACAAGAAGGCAGAAAGUGAGGGAUUAGAACUGAAGUUCUCCUAAGUAGUUUUUAACUAAUGAGGAUAAAUUAGAUAUAGGUAUAGGUAAAGAUAUAGGGUAGAUACUCUGCGUGGUUGUGUGUGUGUGUUUAUAUAUAUAUACACAGAAAGAGACAGAGACUGGCGAAAUUUUGGAGUACAGCUCUUAGAAUUUACAGCCAGCAUGGACACUCAUCCAGUAAUUAGUUCUGGUAACUUUUGUCUUUAAAAGUAACGUCUUUUCGUUACUUUUCGCCUCACACUCAUAAACCUAUCUUUUGGAAAUGGCAUUGGGCUGCUGGUUGCAAAAUAGAUCUGAAUUUCCUGCUUCAGGUGUGUGUGUAUGUGUGUGUGUGUGGGGGGGGGGGUGAUUGGUGUGAUAAUCCUGUGAUACAAUAAAGACAAAGACCUAGGGUGCAGCUACACUGUUGAAUUAAUGCACUUUGGCACAACUUUAACUGCUAUGGUACCAUGGGAGUUGUAGUUUGACAAGGUCUCUCACCUUCGUGCCAAAGUGUGCUGGUGUCUCAUCAAACUAUAACUCUCAGGAUCUCAUAGCAUUAUGCUAGGGUAGUUAAAGUGGUGUGAAGUUGCAUUAAUUCGACAGUGUAGAUGCACCCCCAAAUACCUUAAAGGCACCAGAUCUUGGAAGCUAAGCAAGGUCAGCCAUGGUUAGUACUUGGAUAGGAGACUGCCAAUGAAUAUCAGGUGCCCUAGACUACUUUUCAGAAUAAGGAUGUGGCAAAAACACUUCUGAGUGUUCCUUGCCCAUUCGGGUAAUCAUCCUGAGGGUACUAGGUACAAAGUACAGAUAAAUAGAACAUGGAUGACUGACUGACUGAAUAGAUACAUACAUCUACCUAUGCCAGACUUUUCAUAUUCAUUGAGGUCCUAUUGAUUUUAGUGGAUCUGAAACCUCGAUCCAACCCAUAUAGUAAAAGUCCAGCUGAGAUCUAUCCCGCAAAUGAAUGAAACGGCCCUUUUGCAAUCUCUGUUACUUCCGCUGUUUCCCCUGGUCAGUAAUUUAUAUGUCUGUCAUUGGUAGAUAAAGGACACAACUCCACUGAAAUUAAGACAGGGGCUUUGGUGGUGUUGAUAGGGACUAACUGUUCCAUGGCUAUUUUUAUCCUUCAAAAUGUUAAGUCUUCUGGAUGUGUACCAGUUCAUUUCUCCACAAUGUCUAUUCCGGAGACUAAUUGGGCAUUGCUUCUGUGUGAUCCCUCUCAGUGCAAAAGUAUAGGGCUAUGGCUACAAUUCUCCAUGAGUUGGGUAGGAAUGGUGAGAGCUGUCGUCCCAUUUUCCAACCAUGUGAGUUCGAGGAGAAGGAGGGAGAGGCUGGUGCCUCUCUAUGCGAGCUUCCCGCUUGCCUGCCUAAAAGCCAAUAUCCAGCUUUAAAUAUAUUUUCAGGAAUCGAUGGACUAAAAACUACUAAAAACAAACUAAAAAAAUAGAAAAAUCGAUGAACUACUUUCUAAUGGUGACUAAAAACGAUCCACACGUGACUAUGUUCGGCUCCAAACUGCAUCACUAAAUCAAAACCAUACUGGACGAGAACCAACCGAAGCAGUAGUUUUGGAGCUGCACCAGUCUUUUGGUUUCGUUGGAAUUUAAUCAAGUCUUCAUUCGCUUGGGCUCCUCUUGAUCUCCACUCGCUUUCUUCCCCGAGAUCUAGAGGCUUUGAAGAAUGGUGGUGAAGACAGAUGACCUCGACUGGAUUUCUUAACGCAGUUGAGAAGCCUUUUCAGAAUAAACGAGGGAAGAAGGGAUUUAUGAUCCACGCAAGGAGUAAUUAAAAUCGCCGAGGGAAAGCUCACGAGAGCCGGGUAUUGGAAAGGCUCGGUGCCAGGCAGGGGAGGGGGAAAUCUAGGCAUCCCAGGCCUGUGAUUUAUUGUCCACAGCUUCUGUGACACGCGGGGGUGUUAGGGAAAACUACCCUAAAAUACAGCAGUGCGAUGCGGAGUCCGAUCUUAAAAAUUACAAAAUGUUUAUUUACAAUAAUAAACAAUAAUUGCAUUUCUUCGCGGUGAAUAACUGAGUCUGAGCUACUCUAAUACCCUCUCUUCUAAGUUUCAAAGAGAGGGAAAAAUCACCUAUCACUACAUCUCUCUGACACACACACACACACACACAGAGACCUCAAAGCACACAGCUCUUACUAAAAUGUAAGAAACAGAAGUCAAAGUAAAGGCUUGCAGUAGAAAAGUAUCCAUUCUACACAACUAAUCAGAAUGAGAGCAGAAACAGAGAGGAGAGAAGAAAUAGAUACAUUCCCGACUGUCAUACAGGAGACACAGAGGAAGGGAAACCCUUAUCCUAUACUAAGCUAACUAAACUGUUCCUCACUGAGGACUUGAGCAGUGUGGGGUUGAAUCCCAACACGAGGGAGCCACGUGGGUUACAGAUUUAUAAUAUCAUUAUUCAGAAUGGAAAGCAGGGUUGUUAGAACCAUGGAAUUUUUCCCCAAACGAAAAUAUAUAUGAAAAUCUGUAUAUCUCUCGCUCUCUAAUUUUCUAACUCCCAAGCUUUCCAAAUAAGUUCAUUACCCUCAAAUAUUUUGCUUAAUUUUCCUGCAGAAACCACUGUCUCCCCCACUGAAUUUUCCUUACCUCCAGGCGAGUGUCCACUUUCAUACGAAUGUCCUAAAACUAUCCCAAUAACACCAUCACUGAAAUCUCAGUCUCUAAGUGGCAUCUUAUAUUUAUUAUCCCCAUCCUGAUACAAAGGCUCCAGAAAUCAGCGCUGGAUAUAUAUCCAUCUCCUUUCGUGGGCUGAUAAUAAUAAACGAGGUUUAAGUGCAGUUAAUUAAUCCGGAGGUGAUUAAUCUACUUAAUUCCUAUCACUUCCAUUUGAGGGACAAAUCUGUCCUCUCCUUUAUCCAGGGGGUAAAAGCUGCCAGGGUGAUAAAAAUAUAGGUGGAGCUAGAAACGAGUUCAGUAUUGUUUUUAUUUUUCGUUGGAAUUGGAAGUCAUACUUCCUGUAACAAGAAAAUCAACUUAUGAACUCUUUCCUCCACAAAAGGAGGAGAGAUCACCCCUCCAACACAACGAGUGUGGAAGCCUAGUAGCAAAACCCGUUGUCAAUAAUUAACGAAAAAGUCUUUCCUAGUCCAUCAUAUCUGAAGUCAGUUAGAACGAAACGCCUCACAAACGCAUAUUUGCGUCGAUAAAAUAGGAUUUGUCUAUAGCCACGCAUCGACUUGAAUUAAGGUUGGCUCUGAAAUUAAUGUAUUAAUGAGUUGCCAACUCCUGGGUUAGGAACGCACUGAGUUUUUCAAAAAAUGGAAACUUGAUCAACUCUUUUGUGAGAGCAAUAGGGGAUUGGUACUGAGGGAAAGGAGGGGCUGCCUUCAAGUGAGUUCUUCUUGGAGAAAACGUGCCUAUUUUUAAUUUCAUCUUCUGCCCUAUUACCAUAGCCUUCCUCUUUCCAACUCCAUUUCCCCAUCUUAUUUUUUUAUUAAUCACCUAAAAAGUUUUAAUCAAAGUAUCAUUAAUGUCAAAGUCCUUUAGCACCCUUCCCAUACAAUAUCAUGUCAUAAAGAUCUCUUAGAGUUUCUCCAGUAACUUACAAACCAAACAUAAAAUGUGCUCCUUGGAGAUAGCGAUCAACCUUCUCUAUUCUGGUCUAGUUUUACUUGCUGCUUCUUACCUCACAGUUCCAUGGAUGUAUAAUUAGAAUUAAUAAAUGGGAUCAAUGGGACUUAUUUCCAUGUAAGUGAGGCUAAGAAGGAAACUUGAGGGUAUAAGCCUUGCAUUUUAAGAAGUAGGCUUAGUCUAGACAGGUUUAUGCUACCAACUUGGUUCUCUCAGUGGAAGAGGUGCUACAAGAUCGCAUCCUGACUGCUAUCGGUAUAUGUAGCUAGGGUUUAAAUCCGAUUGCUAGCCUUCAACUAGAGUAGACUCACUGAAUGAAUAGGCAUUUGGUAACUUAACACUGUUGAUUAAAAGGCUCCAUUCCAAUUAUGGCUAACCAUUGGAUUUAGGCCUAGGUUGUGUAGCCUCAAAGUUCAGCCUUCCCUGCAUCUACCCAGAAGUAAAUCCCACUGAACAGAUUACUAGAGAAGUUAAUCUACCAUUGCAACCCUAGCUGCUUAUAAAGAUUGAAAGAGAAAUAGAUCUGGACGUCCAAAAUAAAAACAGCAAUACAUACUCCCACAACGUUACAAAUUCCAAAUUUCAAAAGAGGCAUCAACUGCCUUACACUGUGUUGCUUUUUAUAUGAAAAAGUGCAGAAACUGUCCUUCGUGGAAGUUUUGACUGUAAUCCAUGACGGCACUAAAAGUAGUCCAGUACAGCCCCAUUUAGUGAUGACUAAAUGGGGAAUUCCCACAACUGUUUUUGCCAGUGAAGUCCUUCAAAAGCCAUCUUGACUCAGUCUGGCGUUCCCACCUCAGGAUGCUGGUCCAUGAGAAAACAAAAGUUGUUGUUCUCCUUAGGUCAGUAAGAACAAAAGUGGUGGAGAAAGAAGAAGGUGGUCAUCCAAGCUGGAGAAGUCCGGUCAUUGGGGGUCUUUGGAACCUUUUCAAGACGAAGCUGGGAAGUUUUCCCAUUCCAACAGCAUCUUCAACAGUGUGGUAGAGCAAAGAGAAGCCACAACAUCAGAAACACCGCCAAGAAUAAAGAGAGAAACACAGAAGUUCUCCCUUUUCUAAAUGCCAGUUUUCCUUCUAUUCAGUAGUCAAGUCUCCCGCCCAGGAGUAGGGUUGCCAAAAAGAAGAAGAGGAGUACUACAGCUCCCCCCCCCCAUUCACACAGGCACCCAAAAAUGCGCAGACACCUCAACUUUAUCCUCCCACGUUGAGUUUGAGGCGGCAGUUCCUUUCUACUACCCGCAGCAAAAGAUGUCAAACCUUUUGCUUGGCAAGCAAACCUACUUGUGAACAAGGACAGGGGUCAUAAAUCUUGAGUGACUUCAAAAGACUUUGCCCAUCCACCUAUCUAGCAUCCCUUCUCUUCUCUGCUCAGAGGACUUCUCACAUCCCUGAUACAGGGUUCAGGAUCCAAUCCCAUCCUAUGAAUUGAACUUAUUUUCCUUAGUUUUGAAAUAAUGUUAGUGGGCGUCAGAAAUUCCAAAAUAUACAUUUAUUUCACUUCCUCCUCUCUCCCCUUUUCUUCUUUCCCUUCUGUACUUACAUAUCAGCCCUACUCACCAAAAUCACAUAGACAACCAAAUACACACACACAAAAGUUCAACAGGUAAACUUCUGGAAACUCUGACUCUUCUUUUAUGUAACCCAGAAUGUUAUUAAAACUUUAAAAAAGCACUCAAGACUUUUAAAAAAUCAACCAAUUUUCAAUAUAUUGUAGAAGGCAAUUCUCAAUAGUUGGAGGGUUGCCAUUUUUAGUGGCACUUCAGUAUAUCCCAAGACCUUCUCUUCAGACUCCUGCACUAGAUGGGUGUAAUUGUUUGGUGGGGUAGUCCAACUUGUGAACAAGUACAGAGGCAAUAAAUCUCAAGUGACUUCAAAAGACUUCCCAUCUACCUAUCAAGCACCCCUUCCCUUCUCUGCUCAGAGAACUUCUCACAUCCCUGAUCCUAGAUGCAGAGUUGAGGAUCAAAUAAGUGCAACUUAUUUUCGAUAGGUUUGAAGUAAUACAGUGGGAUGUCAGAAAUUCCAAAAUAUACAUUUAUCUCCCUUCCUCCUCUCUCCCCUUUUCUUCUUUCUUUUCUUUCCUCUUUCCUACUUACAUAUCCCCCAUACGCAUCAAGAUCAUAGCCAAGCACACACAAAAAAGUUCAGCAGGUAAACUUUUGGAAACUGACUCUGAUUUCAUGUAAUCCAGAAUGUUAUUUAAAUUUUAAAAAAACACUCAAGAUUUUUUUUUUAAAUCAACCAAUUCUCAAUAUAUUGUGGAAGCCAAUUCUCAAUAGUUAAAGGGUUGGCAUUUUAGUGGCACUUCCAUAUAUCCCAGGUCCUUCCCUUCGGACUCCUGCGCUUGCCAAGAUGGGAAUGGUUGGUUUGGUGAGCCAGUCGCAAACUGGAGGGAUGCCCUCUUUAGGUUUCCCAAGACGAAAUGACUGGCUGGGGAAAGGGAGGCAGAGAGGGAGAGGGAGACCACUUCGACAAAGGCGGCCAGGAGGGAAAACCUGCCUUUCCGGCAAAGAUUUAUUAGCAUAACCCGACACCUAAUUGCCAAGCACGUGAAUCAAUACCGCGUUUGCUGCCCUACUAGGCCUGGGUCCACCGCCACGCGGUUUGCCCCUUCCCUUCCCCUCCCUGGCAUCGCCCAAAAGGCACCACAGCCUUUGCCCAAGCCUUGCUAAACAAGAGGAGGGUGAGAUCUGAAAAAAGCCCCCUUUUCCCUCCACACACGUCCCCGAUUUCCUGAACAGAAGCCUCUCUAUAUCUUAUCCCCCUCCAUCAUCCCUUCUCUCUUGUAAAUCGAGUUGUUGGCACUAUAAGAUCCUCAUUAUCGUUUUAUUUCGUUGCCUUGCCUGGCUGAGGAUUGUAUGGCAGCAAGGCUUUCUGUUUUCCCCUCCUCGAGACCCUGUCUGUCUCUCCCUCUCUCCGUCUCUCUCUCUCUCCCCGUCUCUCUCUCCCUCUCUCUCUCUCUCUUGCCUUCUGCUGUAAUGCCAGAGGCCAUUGUUAACCGUGAACAGGGCGUACCGAGACUAUAGGGCAGCCAGCAUCAAAGGAUCCCCUAUACAUCUUUGGAAGGCUGUCUACAAUCUUCUGAUUCUGAUUUCUACCUCGCCUCACCUUCCUCCCCCCUUUCCCUCCCCAAACGGGAGAGAGAGCGAGAGAAAGAGAGAGAGUAGACCCGUGCAUCCCUCACCGUAAGCUCCUAUAGAGAUGUCCCCCCUCCUUUUGGCGUUAUGACCGGAUUUCUCUCUCUAGAUAUUCCUUGAACAUUUACUAUACAAAAAAAAGGCAGAGCCCGGGAGGAAUGGGGGGAGCUCUCCUCGCUUAUUGAUUGCGUUGGUUGCUGGCUGCGAAAAUAUAUUAUGUCUGCUCGCCGCGCUGCUCUCGUCAGAGGCUAAGGUCAGCUUCCAAAAGACACCGGCGAAGGCCUCCCCACCACGUGACUUUGGGGGUGCCAAUGUCCUUCCAUGAGGGGGUCAGCCAGAACCUGGUAGCAGCGAGCGAGCACCCCGGGGAGCCCCAACCAUGCAGAAAACGACCUACUACGACACCUCCACCCUCUUCGGGGGCUACUCCUACCCGGGGGCCAAUGGCUUUGGCUACGACGGGCCCCAGCCCCAGUCUUUCCAGCCUGCGGCCCAUGUGGAGAGUGACUACCAGCGGCCGGCCUGCACCCUCCAGUCCCUGGGCAACGCCGCCCCCCUGGCCAAGGCGAAGGACCUGAACGGGAGCUGCAUGAGGCCCAGCCUGGCCCAGGAGCACCACCCGCCCCCACCCAUCUCGCCACCCCCCAACCCCAUCGCCACCAACACCAGCAGCAGCAACGGCAGUGCGGGGAGCAGCAAUAACCCUAGCCAGCCCGGUGGGGCCAAAAGUGCCUCCAGCAAAGCCGGCCUAGGCUCUGGCAACACCGCCCUCACCAAGCAGAUCUUCCCCUGGAUGAAAGAGUCGAGGCAAAACUCCAAGCAGAAAAACAGCUCCCCCAGCUCAGAAAGCUGCAGCGGCGAGAAAAGCCCCCCGGGCUCUUCCUCCUCCUCGUCGUCGUCGUCGGCGUCCAAGCGGGCCCGCACCGCCUACACCAGCGCCCAGUUGGUCGAACUGGAGAAGGAGUUCCACUUCAACCGCUACCUGUGCAGGCCCCGGCGGGUGGAGAUGGCCAACCUCUUGAACCUCAGCGAGCGGCAGAUCAAGAUCUGGUUCCAGAACCGGCGGAUGAAGUACAAGAAGGACCAGAAGUCCAAAGGCUUGGGGUCUUCUUCCGGGGGGCCUUCCCCAACCGGGAGCCCCCCGCAAGCCAUGCAGUCCACCGCCGGCUUCCUCAACGUCCUGCACCCCAUGACUUCCAGCUACGACGCCCCGUCGCCGCCCUCCUUCAACAAAGCCCACCAGAAUGCCUACGCCAUGCCCACGGCCUACCAAAACCCCCUCAAGGGCUGCCCGGCCCCGCAGAAGUAUGCCAACGCCGCCCCUGAGUACGACCCCCACAUCUUACAGGGUAACGGAGGAGGGGGAGGGGGCGGCGGGGCGGGAGGGGGCGGCUACGGCCCCCCCAACCUCCAAGGCAGCCCCGUGUACGUGGGCGGCAACUACGUGGACUCCCUGCCCAACUCGGGCCCCUCGCUGUACGGGCUGAACCCCCUCCAGCACAACAUGGAGUACAACGGGGGCCCCCCGAUGGGCCCCAACCAGCACCACGGACCCUGCGAGUCCCACGCGACCUACACAGACCUUUCCACCCACCACGCUUCUGCUCAGGGUAGAAUUCAAGAGGCGCCCAAGUUGACCCAUCUGUGAUGCGGGGCAGGACAGACUCCAGUGGGGCUUGGGGGGAGGAGGGCUUGGGGGGAGAGGGGCUGGGCCAAUGGGUGGGCAUUGGUUGGUUAGGGUCCUUUGGUGGGUGGUUUGGCUGGUUGUGUUGACGUGUUGGUGGAAUCUUCCUUUGAAAGCCACAGUGGCAACAUUUGUGUUGAAACGCCUUUGAAUAUCCUUUAGAUGAAUGAGUUCCUUCUUCCCACUCACAGCUCCCCCCCCCCCCCAUGUGUUCAGGUGCAAUGCCUCCCAGGGCCCUUCCACACAGCCAUAUAACCCAGGGCCCUUCCACACAGCCCGAUAUCCCAGAAUAUCACGGCAGAAAAUCCCACGUUAUCUGCUUUGAACUGGGAUAUAUGGCAGUAUGGACUCAGAUAACCCAGUUCAAAGCAGAUAUUGUAGGAUUUUCUGCCUUGAUAUUCUGGGAUAUAGGGUUGUGUUGAAGGGCCUUCAGAAUAUCAAGGCAGAAAAUCCCACAAUAUCUGCUUUGAACUGGAUUAUCUGAGUCCACACUUCCAUAUAGUCCAGUUCAAAGCAGAUAAUGUGGAAUUUUAUUCAACUGUGUGAAAGGGCCCUCAGGCUGAAUCUACACUACCCUAUAUCCCAGGAUUUGAUCCAUAUUAUCUUUUUUAUCCCAUACUAUCUGCAAGUGUAGACUUGGGCCCUUUCUACACUGCCAUAUAAUCCAGAUUAUAAAAUCAGAUAAUCCGCAUAAUAUGUUUUCAACCAGAUUAUACGAGUUACACUGCCAUAUAAUCCAGUUCAAAGCAGAUAAUCUGGAUUUUAUAUGACAGUGUGGAAGGGGCCUCAGGCUGGAUCUGCACUCCUCUGUAUCCCAGGAUCUGAUCUCGGGGCCCUUCCACACAGACAUAUAACCCAGAAUAUCAAAGUAGAAAAUCCCACAAUAUCUGCUUUGAACUAAAUUAUCUGAAUCCAGUUCAAAACAGAAAAUGUGGGAUUUUAUUCAGCUGUGUGGAAGGGGCCUCCGAUUAUCUGUUUAUCCCAGAUUAUCUGGCAGUGGAGACUCAUACAAUCCAGUUCAAAGCAGACAAUCUGGGGUCAGAUCCUGGAAUCUAGGGCAGUGUAGAUCCAGCCUCAGUCCCAAAUAGCAUGUCCGUUCUGUCUGGGGAUAUUGGGAGUUGUUGUGCAUCAUGGAAGGCUAACCCAUUUUUUUUAAAAGUCAAUGCUACCUGGAUUAAAUCCUUUUGUUUUUUGCUGUUACACCACUUAUCCCCCCCCCCCCCCACACACAUCUCCCCCUUGUACCAGCAGAAAAGAAUAGCUAUAGAAAUGAGGGUAAAAAGGACUUCACCUGCCUGGCAAUCAAGUCCUUUGACUAGGGCCCCUUCUACACAAUUGAAUAAAAUCCCACAUUAUCUUCUUUGAACUGAGAUAUAUGACAGUGUGGACUCACAUAUUCUAGUUCAAAAGAAAUAUUGUGGGUUAUUCUGCCUAGAUAUUCUGGGUUAUAUGCUGUGUGGAAGGGCCCUAAAAAGCCUUUCUGCUAAUUCCAGUCUCUGGAAAUGAGAGGACAAUUUGCCUUUCCUUCCUAGGGAACCAAAUGUCCUCUGCACAUGCUCGCAGCACAAUCCAUUUACAUAUUUCACAGUGGACUCCUGAUAUUCAAUGCAUUACUCGUGGCUGGUCCCUCGAGAACCCUGGUUGAAAAUAACCCUGUAUGAUCUGAAUGACCAAAAUUUGGGAACAUUUGCCCCUAGCCAUCUUUAGGGUUUAAAUGAAGACUAAUCCAGUUUUAGUUUCAGUUUAUGUCUUAAACAGAAUAUGUGAAACAUGGAAGUCAAAAAGAUUUCUUGGCCUUCUUGUAGGUAUCCUCUCUUCUUUUUUUAUGGUUAUUUUAAAGUCUUAUUAUCUGACAUGCAAUCAUAAACAAUCCCAUUCCCAGAAAAUCAUAUAAACCAUUUCUGGUCCUGCUACAAUCCCAAUAUAGAACAAAAGGAGAGGCAGAAGUUAAAGGAAUUCUAGUCUGUACCAUUUCAGAUGAGUGAGGUGUGAGGGACAUUAUAUUCUUGAUAUUCUGGGAUAUAGAGCUGUGUGGAAGGGCCCUAAGUAUGUAGACAAAUAUGCUAGUUUGUUACAUGCAGGGAGCAUGUAGGUUUUGAAAAGGGCAGAUCCCACAUACAGUCAAAAGCGAGAAAACUCAAAAAAUUCAUUCUCCUGGACCCAGUAAAUCUUGUGUUAAUGAUUCUUAGCUUGAAAGCAAUUCUAUUGAGAGCAACCAGACUUCCAAGUUAGAGACCUUAAUGGUUGUUUCCCCCCCCCCCCUUCUGCUUUGUUUCAAAGGUUGUGGCCAAAGUUGCUUCCCACUCACAGUAGGCCAGAGAAUAUUGUAGGGCUUCAUGGUCAGGAUAGGCAUCAAAGAUCUGGAUAUCGCUCUUACCAUAGAAAUGGCAAAGGACUAAUGCAUUCCUUACACUUAUUAUGCAGCACUGUUCAGAUCUCAAGUUCACUGGUUGGUGUCUGUUAUUUCUAGUCAAAAGAUUGCCGUAUAUGCCUUACAAGAACCACAGACUGAUAAAACUAAGUGAGGAUAAAAUCUGGGAUCCCAAGCAUAUAUAUCCUAGGAGAAAGUCUAGUUGAAAGCAAUGGGAUUGACUGCUCACGGUGCUCAGUAGACCUGGAUAAAAAUUCAGACAUGCCUGAAGGUUCAUCUCCACUCUAGAAUUAAAGCAGUUUGACCCCACUUUAACUGCCAUGCCUCAAUGCUAUGCAAACAUGGGACUUGUAGUGUUGCAAGGUCUGUAGCCUUCACUAACAAAGAGUGCUGGUGCCUCACCAAACUACAACUCUCAUGACCCCAUAGCAUUGAACCAUGGCAGUUAAAACUGGGCCCAAACUGCAUUAAUUGUACAGUGCAGAUGGACCUCAGGUUAGUUUCUUACCAGCCUUCAGACUUUUUAUUUGGGAUUGAGAGACAGGAGAACUUUUGAAAUUUGUUGAUGGAUCUUCUAUACUGCGCCAAGUCUAAAUACAAGUUAUUUCCCCAAUGGGAUGUAUGCUAAAAAAUACAGUGUGUACAAUUCUAGAAGGCUACCUAGAUGUUUAGAGACAAUCAGGUUCUCACACAUAGAUGUCAGUCAUAUGAUGGAGGCACUUAUUUAAUAGAUAAAUCCCUCCCAUUUUCCUCAUCAAAGUCCAGUUUGCCUACAACAGGGAACACAAAGGGGGAGGGCAUCGUAUAGGGCUUCCAAAUGAAUUCCAGCUCCUUCUAAAAUCCCUUUUGAUAAUCUGACAAACAAGUUAACUAUUAAUUUAUGGCCAAUCAAUCACAUGCACAUUUGCAUUUAACCCCUUUCUCUUUGUCCUGGUGCUUUCAGCACAAAUGUUUUGAACAUUUAAAAUUGUGUAUUUUUCUUUUAAACUGGGGGAACCCAACAACACUAUCCAUGUAUUGUUUUGUUUAAGGGGAGGGGAAUAUGAAAAUAUAAAUCAUGCACUCGAGACUAUGAACAAGGGUUGUGAAAUAACCCAUUAAUAAGUGUUGUCAAAGGCUUUCAUGGCUGGAAUCACUGGAUUGCUGUGAGUUUUCCAGACUGUAUGACCAUGUUCCAGAAGCAUGCUCUCUUGAUGUUUCACCCACAUCUAUGGCAGGCAUCCUCAGAGGUUGUGAGAUAUAUUGGAAACUAGGCAAGUAGAGUUUAUAUAUCUGUGGAAGGCCCAGAGUGGAAGAAAGAACUCUUGCAAUUAAUCACUUUGAUUAGCAUUGAAAAGCCUUGUCACUUCAAAGCCUGACUGAUUCCUGCUUGGGGGAAUCCUUUGUUGGGAGGUCUUAGCUGGCCCUGAUUGUUUCAUGUCUGGAAUUCCCCUGUUUUCAGACUGUUGUUUUUUAUUUACUGUCCUGAUUUUAGAGUUUUCCUAAUAUUGAUAGCCAGUUUUUGUUCAUUUUCACAGUUUCCUCCUUUUUGUUGAAAUUGUCCACAUACUUGUGGAUUUCAAUGGCUUCUCUGUGAAGUUUGACAUAGUGAUUGUUAGAGUGGUCCAGCUUUUCUGUGUUCUCAAAUAAUAUGCCUUGUCAAGGUUGGUUCGUCAAGUGCUCUGCUAGGGCUGACAUCUGCUCCACAGAUAUAUAAACAGAUAUAUAUAGAUUCCAAUAUACUUCACAACCUCUGAGGAUGCCUAUCAUAGAUGUGGGUGAAAUGUCAGGAGAGAAUGCUUCUGGAACAUGGCCAUACAGCCCGGAAAACUCAGAGCAAUCCAGUAUUAAGGGUUGCCCCAAGCCCAAAUCUGAACAAGAAUUUUUCCAGACUCCAAAGGUGUCACUUUUUAAAAGAUAUGGGAGGAGAAGGAAAACUUAAAGCAAGGCAUCUUUCAGGAGUGGUGUAGUUAUAGGAUCCUCCAUGAUGCAGGGAUUGGAUGGACUAAAUGACCUUUGAGGUCCCUUUCAAUUAAGAUGAUAGGUUUUGCUAUGAAAUCCUGUGGUUUAUUCUCCACCCACGCCCAUUGUGACUGUAUAUUCUCCAAGCCAAUCCCUGCCCAAAUGUUAUGCCACUGCUCCCGAUAUUUUUUCAAGAAUUUUAAUUUCUUCAGGAAAACUGAACUUGUUCUUUUUAAAAUGAAUUUACAAAAGGAACCAGGGUCCACCAUUAAAAUACAAAAAAAAUAUGAGACACCCUUUCCUUCCUCAUGAAGUGACUGCCUCACCCCUUUCUUUUAUGUAUAAAGGGGUUCCUUUGGGGGAAUCUUAAGUCCAAGGUGUCUUGAGUUUCUUUGCAUCUCUUCUUCUCUUGAACGUGGAAACAGGGUAUAUUUGAACAGAAACUGUGAUGUCUUUCCAAAUGGAAGUGGAAGUGAAUGGUCCUUUUCAGAGAGACACAGGGCCAGAUUUACUGACCACCUCUUUUUGGGCCUGACAUCCUUCUUGCACUUAGAGUUUACAUUUAAUGGGUAUAUAUACCAACUUUUGAAGGUCAACCCAUUGGAGAAGUCUUUCAAUGGGAGCGUGCUGUGUUCCGGUGAACAUUCAUAUAUAUAUAAAUCUCUAUAUAUAUUAUAUAUUUAUUGGUUAUAGCCAGUUUUAAACUAUUUUUUCUUUCGUUUUUUUUUUUGUAUUAUUUAUCCCAACAUAUAUGUAUUUAUAAGGGGGAAAAUGUACUUUUUUAGUAUUUACUUGUUAUAAAGGAAUAUGGUGUUUCGCUUUGUCAUUGUACAACCAGCUUUCCUUUUUCCUUUUUCUCUUUUCCUUUCUUUUUUUAGUUAUUGUAAUUUAGGGGGAAAUCCAGUAGUUACCUUUGUAUUUAAAAUGAUGUGUUUAGUUCUACUGGAGGCAUGAAAUCAGAACCAGGGUGUAAUUGUAUAGUCCUCAGUUAGAAGAACUAGUGAAAUCCUUCCCCAGCCCUAACACCUCUUUUCUUCUCCUCUUCCUCUUCUUACCACCACUUCCUUCUCUCUUCCUCCUCCUCUUUUCUUUUCCUUGUUUUGGGAAGCAACUUUCUUUGCUCUUUAACAGUAGGCAAUUUGAUUUCUUUACUUAAGAGUUGUCUGUUGAACAAUUCUGGAAUAAACUUUUUGUUCUUAA